AUGUCAUGUCAAAAUGACCUUGGAGGAGGAAGAGGAGGAGGAGGAGGGGAAGUAGGCGAGUCGGAGCUGGGGGACAGCGAGUCCGAGGAGGAAGAGGAGAACGGACCGGAGCUGGUGGAGGAAGAGCAAAGGACCCCCCGCACCAAGGACAGGCUCAUUCCCCCGCUGGCAUCUUCAGGAAACCGUGGCAACCGCCAGGCCCCGCCUGUCUCCUGUGAGGAGGCUCCUGAGUGGGAUGUUAGCUGUGCUUUCGUCGCUAAAGCUGCCAGCCAUAUCAGACCAAAGAGCGGGACCCGGUCCGGCGGCCCCAGGUCCGGUCCCAGGUCCAAAGAGAACAAGGAGAACGAAAGCAGAACCAGAGGGGUCAACAGUACAGAAUCCGUUAGCAAAAGAAGCACCUCAUUAACAGAAAAAGGGAUCGAGCUGGUGCAGCAGGGAAAAUACUCCCAGGCCGCCAGCAUGUUCACUGAAGCCAUUAAAUAUAACCCCACAGACUACAGGUUUUUCGGGAAUCGCUCCUACUGCUACGAGUGUCUGGAGCAGUACCCCUUGGCUCUCGCCGACGCGGAGAGGUCUAUCCAGCUCGCUCCAGAGUGGCCCAAGGGAUACUUCCGCAAGGGAAGUGCGCUGAUAGGGAUGAAGAGGUACAGUGAAGCGGAGAAGGCCAUGGAGUUGGUGUUGCAGCUGGAUAAGGACUGUGAGGAGGCAGUGAAUGAGCUCCUCAACUGCAGAGUCCUGCAGCUCAUGGAGCUGGGCUUUGAGGAGACUCAGAGUGUGCUGUUGCUGGAGAGGUACUCCACAGUGCAGGCUGUGCUGUCUUCCCCAGAGGCUGCUAAGGUGAUGAACCAAGACUCUAUUCAGGACCAGGCAGGCCCCCCGUGCUGCUCUCUGUGGGUGGGCAAUGUCACAGCUGAGCUGACUGAGAAGCAUCUGUGGGACCUUUUCAAAACUUUUGGGGAGAUCGACAGCAUUCGAGUUCUGCACGAGCGCUUCUGCGCCUUCGUUAACUUCAGGAACGCCAACAUGGCCGCCCGCGCUCUGGAGAAGCUGCACGGGGUGGAGCUUGUGAACACCAGGCUGGUGAUUCGUUACCCAGAACGUCGAACCCAGAGAGUUUCCGCCCCCUCAGCCCUUCCACAGGUCACUGCUGCUAGAGCUUGGCGCAGAGGACCGGUCCAAGGGGGCGAGUGCUACUUCUGGAGGACCACCGGCUGCCACUUCGGGGAGAAGUGCCGCUACAAGCACAUUCCGGAACAGCGUGGGCGGGACCGGCAACCCUGGCAACCCUGAGCCCCGCCCCCUCAUAUACCUGAGAAGAAAGAGGGGCGGGGGUGACCUCUGAGGAACAAAGAGAGGGUGUGGCUACCUUCUGGAACUGCCCCUUGGUACAAUCUGACUACGCCCCUUCACCUGGUCCCGCCCACUUCUACGCACCUUACCACAGUGCCAAACACACUGCCUGGGAAAAUGAGCAGGGCCUCAUGGGAAUUGAAGUCUUUGCCCUCUCAAGCUUCGAGCGGCUUCUGUGGUUGGCGGUUUGGGGUCAGUUAGGGGUUCUGCCCAAAGGACUUGCACUGUUAUGCCAUUAUGCCUGCCUCUCCCCUCCCUUUCUCUCUCCUCCACACCCUCAACAAUCCCUGGGGACUCGUUUAAGACAGUUUCCUUUUCAUGGGGGUUGUGGUGCACCAUUGCCAAGACUACACUUUCCAUCUCUGCCCUUGAAAAAAAUCCCUCCCCUCGCCACCAGAGGGCGCUCAGGACUAGGACAGCGAUGGGUGUGCGUGUGGGAGGGUAAUCUCUGUGGACUGAUCUGCACUGUUACUGCGCUAUUGCUUGUUUUAAUGUGCUUUUACUUCAAAUGUGUGCACUCUGUUGACAUGAAACUUAGCGUUUAUUGCUGAGGUAAACAUUUAAGAUCCACUCCUGAUUCCUCCGAUUCGGUCGAACGGGCCAUGUGGGAACCACUGUCUCUGUCCCAUCCAUGUCUACCCUGAGCCUGGCCCUCUUCCUCAGCGUGUGAGCCGGGUCCUGUGCUGCAUGUUGAUUUUGUGGAUUGUUUUUGACUUUUUUCUUUUCUCUGGUUCACCUCCUCUUUCUUAUGGACCCAAGUGCCUUUGAUCUUGCUUGAUCGGGAAUGUGAUUUUUCUGAUUUCUCUCUCUCUCUCUCUUUUUCUUAUUAACCAGGAAAUGCUUAUAUUUCACUGCCUAGCCCAAGGCAGAAGGCUUGGGUUUGUCGUAAGUACAAACGGCACAAGCCUGUGGCACUCUGGUUAAAAUGUUCCCCUUACCUCAGUUGUCAAACAGCCAAUCGCUGUGGACCCUGGUGAGGGAGUAGAUCUCAUUUCAGCUUUGAUGGGGACAAGAAACAGGAUUUUGUGUGUGUGUGUGUGUGUGUGGGGGGGGAGAUACUAACAGCACCUCCCAAUACAAGCUGCACCCCCCCCCCCCCAAGAUUUAAGUAUAUGGCCCCAGAGCUACUUCAGACAUGCAAUCCAGAAUUUCCCUGUCAAUCAGGAGACAUCUAGAAGGAUCACCAUGAAUAAAAAGCAGUAUUGAAACAGUGCUAAGUUGAGCCAUAUCCGAACAAAAGUGAUAUCUUUUUGUUGUGGUAAAAAUGCAUUCUGUUUUUGUAUUGCCUUCAUGUUGAGAUGUAGUGCACUUUAUGUUUACGAGCCUGGUCAGUCUGUGUUCCAGUCAGCACAGUGCAAUCUUUUCUAUACAAUAAUUUCCUCGCUGCAAGGCCAAGGUCAGCACUUUCUACAGGGUUUUUAAAUCGUUUUUUGUACAUUUGAGGAAGAAGUGGUCAUUUGGGCAGUCUGUUUUGGGGGGAUUUAUGCCUUGUAAUGGUGUACUGCCUCUCCAGCACUAGAGGGCAGUGUGCUAUUGAGUACAGGGGUAUAAGCCAAGUGCCAGAUUGUGAUUAGAAAGUGUUUGGUUUAUUUUCUCGAAACACAACUUAUUUUGACACUUGCUUUUUAUAACUCUGGUCAUUUAAGACUGGGGACUGUUCUCUAAAAAAUGUCUGUAAUUUACUUCAGUUUUGAAAGCCUUAAAAAUUUUUUGUUUCCUAGAAAUUAGUCAAAGAUUUGAUUGCCUUAGGAAAUGAAAGUAGGUUUAAAUUUUUUUCCACAGAACAACAUUCCAUUGAAUUCAGCCUUGUCAAGGAGGGUUUGGGUUCCCCAUCUGCCCCCAGCCCACCGCCCCUGCCUGAGGGCGAAGGCGAAUGACUUGCGUUUGCGAUUUGUCUUCUCUGAAAAGCUACCCAAUGGUGGCCCUGCAAAGGGAAAAGGGGGCGGGGCAGAGAAUGGGCAGCCCUCACUACCCCACCGUUAUGUAAAGGAAUUUCUGUCUUGUUUGGCAUGCAGGAUUUUUUUUUGUAGUUGGUGUGUCAGGGGGAGUUGUGGGGGGGGGGGCUGUUUGCAGGAUUCAGCAUUCCUCUCCAGACUGCGCUGUUGACUUGCUCUCUCUUUCACGCUGGGCUUAAUUUUAAACACUACUUGGUUUUUAAUUUUGGGUUCUCCUCCCUGGAGGCGAAAGAUGCUUAUUUUUAAGUUGUGGAAAAUUUAGCUGGCUGCACUGCAGGUAUAGAGCUGGUGCGUGCUGAACAUGGGUUACAUUGUAAUGCCACUGAAAGAAUAUUUUCCCAUUGGUCUGAUACCAACACAAUGAAUUCCUACUUGCCUUUAAUUAUUUUUUGUCUCUGUGAUGAAAGAGCCCAUACAGAUAUAUCAAGCUGUAAUGUUAUAUGUUGGGUUUGUGAUCCACAGGGGACGUUGUGCAUCCCAGUCCCCUCCCAGAGGAGUCAAGCUUACAUGCUUGUUCCAAGUAGACCAAGUCUGAAUUUAGUCUGAGCUGAGAACGCUUUUCCCAGAAAGCCUAAGCCUCAGUUUGGGCUGAGCUCGCAAGCUUUUUAAGCCUGACUUUGGGUUUGGUGUGUGGUGCUUGUUCUUGGAUGAUUAAGCCUGAUCUUGGGUUGAGCUCACAUUACCUUUGUUCUUGUAUGUUUAGGCCUGACUUCAGGCUGAAUUCACACAUUGUUCCAGCGUGCUUAAGCCUGAUUUUAGGCUGAAUUCACAAGCUGUUCCAGUGUGCUUAAACCUGACUCUGGGAUUAGCUCUUGGUACUUGUUCUGGAAUAGUGAAGCCUGAAUAAUAAUCUCAUGUGCCUUUCCAGCAGUGUUUAGCGCCCGUGCUAACGUGCGCAUAACGUGCUAAUGUGCUAACGUGCUCAUUCCAAGCCUCUGGGUGAGUUUUUGUACAUGAGGAGCCCGGGGUUAGCCUAGCUGCCUGGGCCUAUCUGACCUCUGAAAGACUGCUCACAGUCAGUGUUGAUGAAGAAGAUUCUCCUCACAGACAGUGUUGAUGAAGAGGAAUCGCCUCAUAGACUGAUUGUGAAAACCUUCAGGCCAGCAGAGUGUGCCAGGUAUCCUCUUCAGGGGAGUCAACCCCUGAUUUUUUUUUUUUACUGUUUAGUGAAUUUGUAUGACUUCUUUUUUUUAAAAAUGUUUCUCACUUUAGAGUUAUGCAUGCAAAUCUGCCUCUUUGUAGUGAUUCACAUUAAUGUUUUUUGAAAAUUCUGGAAACCAAAAGUCUGAUUUGAGCACUGUAGUUCUCAGCACCUAGUUUUUAUUAUUUUUUAAAACCACGUUACUGUUGCCAAAGAAUGUAUUAAAUGAUUUGAAUGUUUUGUA